GUCUCCGACCGCGAGGCAUUCCAUUUAACAAUGGCACGAUUCACUGGGCACAGGCUGAACACAUUAGAGGCGCUCUCUGACCAGGGGAAUACAUGUAACUUAGAAAAUUAUUCUUCUAACUGCUUUACAACGUUGACAACCGGCGCAAACUCGGUUCCAAUUUAAUGAUUGUCAAUUUAAUUAAAGCAGAAAGCAAGUUUCGGAUAGCCUACAUUUCAGAAGUUUAGAGUCGUUUUGCCUGUUCCUCAUCUGGGCACGCAACUGCCAGCAAAAGUCAACCGCGAAUUGUAAGCAGCUUUGAACCUUUGGAUUUAAAACUGAGUCGCUAAUUUGUCAGUUCAGCUCGUUUAUACCUACCCAACGUCAAGCCUACGGAAACGGAGCAACCCGCCCCCAUUACGCACGCAGUCACAAGGUGAUCCACACCACCAGCGUCUAGGGAAAUUUGUUUUUUCUCGCAACUAUGAAUUGAUAUGGUUACUUGUGCGUAUUUGAUGGAGAUACUGUCCGGAUUGUUUAGAAAUCUGAGUAUUUUGGGGUGAAAUAGGGACGCACUUUCAGGCGCUUUUUCAAUACCUGGCACUGUCCAGUGCUCUGGUGCUGAUCUCAUCCGAAGCGCCAGUCCUGUCUGUGUCCCUAGGAGAGGAAACUUUCCGAUGUCAGCAAAGGACAGACAUCGACCGACCACGCGUGCUGCAAGAUAACUGGAAAUAAAUCUUAGAUGAAAACCGGUUCUAUUAACGCCGUUCUCUCACGGACACGGCGUCGCCGAGGGAAUUUGUCAGUCUCCGGUCUGGGCGAGCCAAGGGGCGACAAUGUCGGACAACUUUACCGAAAUCGAAUUCGACAACACGACGCCCAAGGCUGCUACCUUGCCACCAGACUACAACUUUAUAGCUCUCAUAUUCGGGAUAUUGCUAAUUAUUGUGAUUAUUUGUGGAAAUGUGCUUGUGUGCCUUAGUGUUUACAUGGAAAAGGCUUUGAAAACAACAACGAACUACUUCAUCGUGAGUUUGGCUGUUGCGGACCUACUCUUGGCAGUGCUGGUGCUGCCACUGUUCGUGUACGCCGAGUUCCAGGGUGGCGUGUGGUCGCUGGACAUGAUGGUGUGUGACGGCCUCAUGACCAUGGACGUUAUGCUGUGCACCGCUUCCAUCUUCAACCUCUGUGCCAUCAGCGUUGACAGGUUCAUUGCCGUUUCCAUCCCCCUGAACUACAACAGGAAGCACGUCGACCAGCGUCAGAUCAUUCUGCUGUCCGGCACCUGGCUCAUUGCUCUCGCUGUGGCCUCGCCCGUCAUGUUCGGCAUCAACGACAUCCAGAAGCGCAACCCCGCCGAGUGCAAACUGGAAGACGACAACUACGUGGUCUACUCCUCCGUCUGCUCCUUCUUCAUCCCGUGCCCCAUCAUGCUCCUCCUAUACUUCGGCAUGUUCCGGGGCCUGAAGAGGUGGGAGGAGGCGCGCAAGGCCAAGCUGAAGAGCAGCAUACAGGAGUGCCGGAAGCUCCAGCAGGCGGCGGCGGCCGCGGCUGCCAUACCGUCAACCCCCGGGGUCAUCCCUGGUCCACUGCCGAUGCCCCUGCCGAGGAUCAUCGAGAGGGACCUGGCUCAGGCCCGCCUGGGGCUUGAGGACAACGACGACUUCCUGCAUCCGGAGUGUCCGCCGUUCCCCCCUGAGUACCGGGAGAGGAUCAGCUCCGUUCCCUCCAUCGCCUACCAGCAGCAGCCACUGCAGAAGAGGAAGAGGGCCAAGAUCAACGGGAGGGAGAGGAAGGCCAUGAGGGUGCUCCCUGUUGUGGUGGGUUGUUUCCUGUUCUGCUGGACCCCGUUCUUCGUGGUCCACAUCACACGGGCAAUGUGUUCCACCUGCUACAUCCCCCCGGGCUUGAUGAGCACCGUCACCUGGCUGGGCUACGUCAACAGCGCCCUCAACCCCAUCAUCUACACUGUCUUCAACACAGAGUUCCGGAAGUUCUUCAAGAAGUCCCUCCACUCGUUCAGCUGCUGCUGACGUCGGCCCCGGCCAGGGUGAACAACGGGAGAGCUGUGGCUCUACACUAUGGUGGAGAUCCUCACCUUCACUGUGCCAGUUCUGAUCCACUCGGUCUCCACAGCCAUUGUAGCGCCAGGCUGU